AUGCCGCCGACACUCAUCCUCAUCCGCCAUGCGCAGGCACAGCACAACGCUACCAGCGAUUGGUCCAUCCACGACCCACCACUGACUGACCUUGGUCGCCAACAGAGCUCUGAACUACACGAGAGCUUGAAAGCAAGCGAUCUGGCCAACAAGGCGGAGCUCAUCGUCGUCAGCCCCAUGAGGCGGACCCUCGAGACCAUGACCAUUGGCCUGGACUGGCUGAUCAAAAAGGGCGUGCCCGUCCUGCCCGACGCAAAUUGGCAUGAAAAUGCCGACAAGCCCUGCGACACCGGCAACACCAUGGACGUCAUCUCCAAGGAGUACCCGCAGUACGACUUCUCCGGCGUAGAUCCCCUGUACCCCGACAAGACCAGCAACCUGAAGACCAACCCCUACGCAUUCACCCAAAAAGCCAUUGUUGCGCGCGGCCAGACCUGCUUGAAGGACCUCUACAACCGCCCCGAGAAAGUCAUCGCCGUCGUCACGCACUCGGGAUUCCUGCGCACCGCCAUCUGCAACCGCAUGUUCUUCAACGCCGACUGGCGCGUCUUUGACUACGACCAAGCCGAGACGCAGAAGCAGGGCCGCUACGUGCUGAAGGAGUGGGAGGCAACGGAGCAGCAGGGCGGCGGCAUGGGCCGCAGCGACGUCGGCGUCUUCGGCAUCGUCGAGGGCGACUUCCCGCCCGAGGUCGAAGAGGACGAGUUGAAGCGCGAGCCCAAGCUCGAGCAGGCUGGCGAGGCGAACGCGCAGAUUCCUGCGCGGGAGAGCGCAUGA